CCCACGAUGAGGACGAUGCCACGCGUAUGAAGCCGCGAGCCAACGCAAACCUAUAGCUCCAUAUAGUUCGCCGACGCAGCGUCGCGUCCGUUCAUUCAUCGUACGGACGGUGUGUCUUCCCGGACUGUGGGCUGAUUCUCUCUCGUCCUCAUCCCGUCGACGUCCAUCUCAUUCCAGUGAGGUAGACCGCCCUUCGACGCGCAGGGAGAGAGACAGACAGAGAGAGAGAGAAAGAAACAGAUUACAGAGAAAGAACUAAAGAAGGAAGCAAGGUAUUCGAGACUCGAUCGUCAGGAUGAGAUCCUUCGGAGUCUGUUUGGCGGCAUUCUGCCUGAUCGUGACCUCCCUCGCCAAGGUUGAAACCGAGGAUGGGGUUCUCGUGGUUACCAAGGACAACUUUGACAACGUCAUCCAGGACAACGACUACGUGCUCCUUGAGUUCUAUGCCCCAUGGUGCGGACACUGCAAAGCACUGGCGCCGGAGUACGCUAAAGCGGCAAAGAAAUUAGAAGAAGCCAACUCGCCAAUCAAAUUGGCCAAGAUAGAUGCGACGGUCGAGACCUCACUCACCGAAAAGCAUUUAGUGAGAGGAUAUCCCACUCUGAAAUUUUACCGCAAAGGUACCCAGAUCGAGUAUACCGGUGGUCGUCAGGCUGACGAGAUUGUCAACUGGCUGCUCAAAAAGACUGGUCCGCCUGCCAAAGACUUGUCUACAGUUGAAGAAGCUAAGACAUUUAUCGACGCGCAUAAAGUCGCCAUUGUUGGAUUCUUUAAGGAUGCCGAAAGUGAUGCUGCCAAGGUGUUCUUGGAAGUUGGUAGCACAGUGGAUGAUUAUGUGUUUGGUAUUACAAGCGCUGAUGAGGUGUUGAACGAAUAUGGAAUUGAAGAUGGAAAGAUUGUGCUAUUCAAGAAGUUUGAUGAAGGUAAAGUUGUCUUUGAUGGAGAGCUUACGACUGCAGCUGUACAAAACUUUAUUUCCGUAUAUUCGUUGCCUUUGGUUGUUGAGUUCAAUCAGGACACAGCACAGAAGAUCUUUAGUGGAGAUAUCAAGAGCCACUUGUUGGUUUUCCUCAGUAAAGAAGCUGGUCACUUUGAGAAAUAUGUCGACGGAAUUCAGGAGCCAGCAAAGAAAUUCCGUGGCGAGAUCUUAUUUGUGACAAUCGACACAGAUGAGGCUGAUCACGAACGUAUUCUGGAAUUCUUCGGUUUGAAGAAAGAUGAAGUACCCGCUAUGCGGCUUAUCAAACUCGAACAAGAUAUGGCUAAGUACAAGCCCGAUAAUCCAGAGAUAACCGCUGAAAAUGUCUUGGAAUUUGUCACUGCUUUUGUGGAGGGCAAAUUGAAACGACACCUGCUUACGCAAGAUUUACCAGAGGAUUGGGACAAGAAUUCAGUUAAGGUUCUCGUCGGCACAAACUUCCAUGAAAUUGCCUUUGAUAAGCAAAAGGAUGUUCUAGUUGAAUUCUACGCACCUUGGUGCGGCCAUUGUCAGCAGCUGGCGCCUAUUUAUGAAAAACUUGGCGACAAAUAUAAAGACAAUGACAAGUUGGUCAUUGCAAAGAUGGAUGCCACUGCUAACGAGUUGGAGGAUGUAAAGAUAACUAGCUUCCCCACAAUUACACUUUACAAGAGAGAAACAAAUGAGGCUGUGGAAUUUAAAGGCGAAAGAACGCUCGAAGAUCUUUCCCGAUUUGUCGAAAGUGGUGGAACACAUGGUCAAGGUCCAGAAGAGGCUCAGGAAGAAGAUGAGGACGAUGACGUGCCAAGGAAGGACGAGUUGUAAACGCACAUAAUCAUUAUUAUAAGAAGUAAAAUCAACAUUGACUCGUCUAUUGUAUUUCCUGCAUCCAGUCAAUGAACUCCACAAUUUCCCGUUUUAUAAAAGAUAUUUCAUUUCUCUUAUAAAGAUAAAAAGAAAACUCGAUGGUGCAUCCCCAUAUUAAUUUGUUAUUUUAGGAAUUAAGUUUAGAAAUUUUAGGAGUUAAAUGUUGCAGUGUACAAUUUGUAAUUAAGAAUUUGCGUUCGCGGUUUUCCAUAGGAUCAUUGUCAUUGUUAAUAUCUGCUCAAAUGAUACUUUCAUGAUACGUAGAAUCAUUUUAUUACGUUUGUAAUGCAAUGCAAAUUAUGUAAACAGAACAUUAUAAAGAUCUAUGAUGUACUUGAGACAUUUAAUACGCGAUAACAUAAAUAUUGAAAUUAUGAAUCUGGAUUUUUACAUGAUUAUGCUAGUUGCGUUAUGCAACCUAAUGUGACUUUUUGUCCUUUGAAAACCGCAACGUUUGUCGUUCAUAAUUUCGCACUUUUAUUGUUCCACAUCGCAUGCGGAACAGGAAAGUAAAUUAUUAAUCUAAGAUCGUCCUGAAAUCACUUUUUAUUUUUAUAAAAAGUUCUUAUUUUAUUAACACAGAUGUCUGAAUGAUUCGUUGCUCGUUACGAUGCACAAGUGGAAGCAAGUCUUCGAGCGUCCUGUGAGAGCUAGUGGUUUAUACAUAUUUCCAAUUUACAGCAUUUAAAACUGUCACAACGGGUGAUGGUUUUAGAUAUACAUAGUUAGGAUAAGCAGCCGUUUCAAUGUUCUUCUAGUUUUAAUUGACUGAAACUAUAGGAAAUUAGAGAUGAAGCACAUAUUGUGAAAAAA